AUGAGGUCUCUGAUUCUUGGAAAUCUUCUUAUCGUCCUUGUCGCUGGCCAAGGAUGGCAAUGGAAUCCAUUCCAUCAAUGGCAACAACCGGCCGCUCCAGCUUGGCCCCAACAACAGCAGUGGGGUGGAGCAGCACAAGGAUUUGGUGCUCAACCACAGCCACAAGCAUUCCUUCCAGCUCAACAAGGAGUGAAAAACGCUGUUCAAGAUCGUAUUCAACAAAUCUACGGAGUACCAGGAAAGAGAAAUGCCAAUCAAAAGUUGAGAGUCUGCUGCAGAUCGUUGAAGGAUGCUGAUGUGGAUUGUAGAAGAAAGUAUUGCGAUUUUGAGGCUUUCCGACCAGAUCAGGUUCUCGGCUACCUCGGUGAAUGUUCUCCAAAGGGUCCAACUGUUGGUCAAAUGUGGGAUUGUGCCUCUUCUCGUGCUGACCAUACCGCCUGCUGUCAGCGUCAAGGAGUGAUGCCAGCUUGUAUGGCAUACUGUGAAACAACCAAUGGAGUUCCAACCGAUUACCUCAAGUAUGCUCUUUGCAUUGGACAGUUUGACAGAAUUCGUUACUGCUUCCGUGAGUACCUCGAGGGACAUCCAAACAUCAAAGGAGAUACCUAA